AGGUUUAUAACAAAUAUAUGUUGUAUGUAACAGAUAUUUGUAAUGCUAAAAAAAAAAUAAAUUUAUGCAUUCGCAUAAAUUGUAAAUGGAUAAGCCCUUCUAGAAAGCAUGCAAGGAAGCACUUUUUUCAGCCCUUUUUGGGUAUGCCUCUUAGAAUGGCUUUAAUUAGGAAGACCUAUUUAUCCCUCCUUAACUUCGCAGCCUGCUAACUGCCUAAAGUAACAUUUUCGUUUAACUUUUAUAUACUUAAUUUAAGCCAACAACCCAGGGGUUGGAAGAAAUGAUAAGUGUAACGCCGCACCAAAUUAUGAUUCUUAGCAACAGCAGCAACAACAACAUGGUUCAUAUUCCGCCUACCAAUAGUACUCCUAUGCCAAGAAAGCGGUGCCGUGUGGAAAAUGAGGAAUGCGAUGAAAUCGAAAAAAUUAAUGCGGUAUCGCAGAUUUCUAAACGUAAUGCAAGCGAAGGAGACGAGCCGCUACAACAACAACAACAACAGUGUGACAUAAAUAAAGGCAAUGGAGAAUCGGAUCCCAAAAAGAAUGGAGAAGCCAAGGAAACAUCUACUUACGGACCUGAAGAAGUAGAUUUAACAAACGAUUGCGAAAUGCCAAAAUGCUACAAAGAAAACCAAACAGAAAAUUGUGAUGGUAAACAGGCUAAAGACAGCCCAGAGGCUUCAACAAGUCAGGCCAGUGAAAGAAUCGAACAGUGUAAACGUCCACCUGUGGAUGUAGAAGUAAAAGAGGGCCAAAUAGAGAAUGAAGACAGCUGUAUUAAAUGCUUAAAGAAAAAGAAGAAUAAGAAAAUAAAAGCUAAGCGAGACAUGCAACAAAAAGAUGAUGACUACCAUUUUGUGAUCAGUCUUUUGCCAUACUUGCGGCGUGUGAAUUUGGAUCGAAAAUUGCAAACACGUAUGAAUAUGAUGAAAGUCGUCAUGGAGGAGAUGGAAUAUAAAGACAAUUAAAUAGUAAAGUGAAAGACACAUAUUAAUACCCCUUAAUAAAAAUAUUUAAAAUAAAUGAAAGGGAUGUGGAUUUGCUUAACAUAUGCAGUAGGUGAAAUGCGAGGUUAACCAUGCAAAUUAAAAAUCAGCGGUCUAAGAGCCGGUUGUUCAAGGUCUGCUUAUCACUACCUACCAGUAAAACAGCACUAUCGACGUUCAACACUUACUGUGGGGAAUUUCGCUUCAUGAUUAGAAACAGUUUUUCGUAAUUAGGUGUUAUUUAUGAACAAAAUGUAGGUUAAGGGCGGGCCGGUUCUUCAAUGUCUGGUUAUCACAACUUGCC